AUGUCGGGUGAGGAGCACAGCUUGUCCGAGUCCGAGCUCAGUCCCGUGGGUUCGGACGACGGUCACUGCCUGUCACCGAGCCGCCCCGGAGCCCCCCCCGGGCCGGACUCGCCCCUGGGCGGCCCCCCGCCGCAGCUCACCGCGCUCUGCGUGGCGGAGCCGGGCGGAGAGGACGGAAGCCGAGCGAGGGCCAAACCGGAGGAGGAGGACGAGCGCUUCCCCAUCGGCAUCCGGGAGGCGGUGAGUCAGGUGCUGGACGGGUACGACUGGACUCUGGUGCCCAUGCCGGUGCGCGUGAACAACGGGAGCAAGAGCAAGCCGCACGUGAAGAGGCCCAUGAACGCCUUCAUGGUGUGGGCGCAAGCCGCGCGCAGGAAGCUGGCGGACCAGUACCCCCACCUGCACAACGCCGAGCUCAGCAAGACCCUGGGCAAGCUGUGGAGGCUGCUGAACGAGAGUGACAAGAGGCCAUUCAUCGAGGAGGCCGAGAGGCUGCGGAAGCAGCACAAGAAGGACUACCCGGACUACAAGUACCAGCCCCGGAGACGCAAAAACGGGAAGCUGACCCCGGCCAGCGAGUCCGACAGCCAGGGGGAGGGGGAGUCCAGCCACUCCCAGUCCCAUUACAAGACCCUACACCUGGAUCACAGCGGGGCCGGGUCUCCCCUGGGGGACCUGCACCACCACCACCACCACCACCAUCCUGCUGGUCAGGGUCACAGCCCACCCACGCCCCCCACCACCCCAAAGACAGAACUCCAGUCUGGGAAGCUGUCAGAUGCCAAAAGGGAGGGGGGAGCAGGAGCGGCUGGAGGAUCAGGGGGGUCCCGGGGCCCCCUUGGAGUGGGAGCUGAAGGGGCAUCAGGUGGUCCUUCUUCAUCCGGCACCAAACCCCACAUCGACUUUGGCACCAUGGACAUCGGUGAGAUCAGCCACGAGGUGAUGUCCAACAUCGAGCCGUUUGACGUGAACGAGUUCGACCAGUACCUCCCUCCCAACGGGCACCCUCAGGGUGGAGCCGGCGCCCCCUCGGCCGGCUCCUCGGCCUCCUCCUACGCCUACGCUCUGGCCGCCGCCAGCGGCCACUCGGUCUGGCUCUCCAAGCAGCAGCAGCCUCAGGCCUCCCCGUCCUCCUCCGACCCCUCCAAGGCUCCCAUCAAGAGCGAGUCCGCGACCGGCAGCCACUACGCCGAGGCCGCGUCCUCCCCCUCCUCGGGCACCCACGUCACCUACACCCCGCUCAGCCUCCCCCACUACGGCUCUGCGUUCCCCUCUCUGGCCUCCAGGGCUCAGUUCGAAUACGGAGAGCACCAGGCCCCGGGGGCGUACUACGCCCACUCCAGCCAGGCUCCGGGGCUGUAUUCAGCCUUCUCCUACAUGGGCCCCACACAGAGGCCCCUGUACACGACCAUCGGAGACCCCUCCAGCGUGGCGCCCUCUCACAGCCCCACACACUGGGAGCAGCCUGUUUACACCACCCUCACACGACCGUGAGGCAGCGGAGGAAACACGGGAAGUGUGUGUCCGUGUGUUUGUGCCAUAUUAGAGUCUGUUUGUUAUUUAGCCG